AUGUUGCCACAGUCAGAAUCCGAGGACUUCGUGCCUGCACUCGAAGCUCUCUCUAGUCGAAUCCGGGAGAACUCCAGCAAACUCAGCUGGUACAUUCAAUCUCAGGAUCAUCUCGAUGCAAGUCUCUAUGGCAAUAGAGAAACUCCCAAGCCCCCGCGACACCGAGAUGCACAGGGAUGGCGUCAUCAGCUCAAGCAAGAUGCGUUGGAUCUGUUCCGGCUGGCAAGCGGUCCGGAAGAGUACAUUGUCCACUUAUCCAUGAAUCAUCAGUACACGACGUGCCUUCGAUGGCUGAGCCACUUCGGCAUUUUCGGCAUCAUCCCUCACGAGGGCUCCGUUAGCUACCACAACAUCUCGGUGGUGGCCAGCGUAUCCGAGUCUCACCUCAAGUCCGUCUGCCGGAUGGCCAUGACCACGGGGCUCCUCUGCGAGCCCCAGCCAGACCGCGUGGCUCACACCGCAACGUCUCUGCUCCUCGCGACGAACCAGGAUUUCGCCGCUUGGGGGAGAUGCGUCUCGGAGUACAUGUACGCCUCCAGCUCGCACCUGCCCCAGGCGAGCGAGAGGUCGUUCCGCGGCGGGAAGCCCGAGCACAGCGCGUACAACGCAGCGUACGGCACCGACGUCACCUUUCCGGACGCGCUGAGACGCAACCCGAAGAUCGCGAGGGACUUUGGCGGCUUCUUGCGCGCUACUCAGCGCAUUUAUGCGAACGACGUGCAGCAUGUGCUGGACGGGUUUGAUUGGGGCUCCCUGAGUAAUGCAAAAGUGGUAGACAUUGGAUCUUCCAGCGCGCAGAUGAGCAUACGGCUUUGUGAAGCAUUCGACCGACUUCAGCUCGUGGUGCACUCCCAAGCACGAAGCUCCGCACAGAUCAAGGCGGAGCUCGAGGUCGCGCCUUCGCAGAUCGCCUCCAGGAUUGCCAUCGAGGUCAAUGAAGGACCUAUGCUGAAGUACGGUCGGGCUGCGGAUGUGUUCGUUCUGCGCCACAUGCUGCACCAUAUGCCAGAAGAAGCUGCGGUUGGGCUGUUGGGAGCCUUGGCUGCUUGUUUGAGCCCUGGAGGCACAAUUCUCAUCGUGGAUCUUGUUCUUCCUCAACCAGGAGCUGUGGGAACCUAUGAAGAGGGACUGAUUAGGACGCGUGAUCUCAUUCAUAAGGAGCUCUCGAAUGGAGAGACUCGGUACAGGGAAGACUGGGAGCGUCUUGUUCAGAAAGCUGGGAAGGGACUGAGCAUUGCGAAGGUGACUUCGCCAGUUGCCAGCGAUCUUUCUUUGCUUGAAGUGAGGGUUGCUUAG